CGCGCUCGCUAAGAGGUCAAUGAAUUGGCAGGGGCUGGGCGAGAGGGACGCCUCUGCGUGUUGGGAUCCCUGUCCCUCCAGCCGGCUUGGGCGAAUGAUGCGGCUGCCCAAAGCCGGGAGGACGGCGGCUUGAGAGCGGGACCCUUCCCGAGGAAUGACCAGGGGGUGUGCGAGCGCCGGAGGAGGAUGGAAAUCCUGUAUGAAUGUGGAAGCCAUUAGCAGAGUAAUUGCUGUCUGUUACCAUGACAACCAGCCGCUGCAGUCACCUGCCCGAAGUCUUACCAGACUGCACCAGCCCAGCCACUCCUGUGGUAAAGACUGUGGAGGACUGUAGCAGUCUUGUGAAUGGACAGCCGCAGUAUGUCAUGCAAGUUUCGGCCAAGGACGGACAGCUGCUAUCAACUGUAGUACGGACUCUUGCCACGCAGAGUCCUUUCAAUGACCGACCAAUGUGCAGGAUUUGCCACGAGGGCAGCAGUCAAGAAGACCUGCUUUCUCCUUGUGAAUGUACUGGAACCUUGGGGACUAUUCAUCGCAGCUGCCUGGAACACUGGCUCUCAUCUUCAAAUACCAAUUACUGUGAACUUUGCCACUUCAAGUUUACAGUAGAGCGCAAACCAAGGCCAUUGGUCGAGUGGCUAAAAAAUCCUGGCCCCCAACAUGAGAAACGGACUUUGUUUGGGGACAUGGUGUGCUUCUUGUUUAUAACUCCAUUGGCUACUAUCUCCGGCUGGUUGUGUUUGCGCGGAGCAGUGGAUCAUCUGCACUUUAGUAGUAGGCUAGAAGCUGUUGGGCUCAUUGCACUCACUGUCGCACUCUUCACAAUUUACCUCUUUUGGACACUAGUAUCCUUUAGGUAUCACUGUAGAUUAUACAAUGAAUGGCGUCGGACCAAUCAACGAGUUAUCCUUCUCAUCCCAAAGUCUGUCAGCAUCCCUUCUACCCAGCAAUCCUUGCUGGGCCUGCAUUCAGUCAAAAGGAACUCAAAAGAGACCAUUGUCUAAUUGUCAUAAUCUUUUCCACGGGCCACGAACUGCAUAUGGGUAGCAUCAUAGUUGGAAAGACACUUUUUGUAGAUAAAAAGACAUGACUGUUGCAAUUUAAAUCAUGGAUGCUGCAAUCAUAUGAUAUUUGCUAAGCUGCCAAACAUGUCUAAAAUUUAGCAGAUACUGUAUGGAAUUUUCCAACACAUGUUGAUAGCUGCAUCACUAGGGAUGCAACUCUUUUCUAAUUGUGAUUAAAAACUAUGAU